UUGUCAAGUUCACGUUUUAGAAGUGGUCUCGGCUAUACUUUUCUGUUCCUCAAGUCCAACCCAGUUGCAUUACUUUUGUUAAUAUUGUAUUACGGUAUUUUCAUUGUGCAACACUUCGAGCCCUGAAGCAUGUUGACACUCGGAUGUGACCUGUCAAGUGCACAGCGGGCUUACACCGGUGGAACUAAAACCUGCUGAGGUUAAAAAAGUGAACAUUUAAUAACAAACAAAAACAGCAGCAGCAUUGAUGCUCAUGCAGCAUGUCCACCAAUGUCUGUCCCCGUUUUAUGGUGGCCACUGUCCUGGAUGAUCUAUUUACCAGCACUGGAGAAGCUGUUCAAGAUAUUUCUAACUCAUUACAGAUUGUAUCCCAACAGCAGAUGCCAUCAUCAGGUCAUGGCAACCACAAAGAAAACAGCCCCUUCCUUAAUAAUGCUGAAUCAGCCAAGAAAAGUGACUACUAUGACAAAAACUUGGCCUUAUUUGAGGAGGAGUUGGACAUUCGUCCUAAGGUGUCGUCCCUUCUCAGCCGACUGGUCAGUUAUACCAGCUUUACACAGGGAGCCAAGGAACAUGAGGAGUCAGAGAGUGCGGAGGGCUCCAAGAAAAAGGUUACAAAGUCUCCAAGAAUGGGCACUUUGAUGGGAGUCUACUUGCCUUGUCUGCAGAAUAUUUUUGGGGUCAUUCUUUUCCUGCGUCUAACGUGGAUUGUUGGAACUGCCGGCAUUAUGCAAGCAUUCCUGAUUGUCUUGAUGUGCUGCUGCUGUACAUUGUUGACGGCCAUAUCAAUGAGUGCAGUUGCCACCAAUGGUGUUGUUCCAGCUGGAGGCUCCUAUUUCAUGAUCUCCAGGUCUCUUGGUCCUGAGUUUGGUGGUGCUGUAGGACUCUGUUUUUACUUGGGAACAACAUUUGCUGCAGCUAUGUACAUUUUAGGAGCCAUAGAAAUUCUACUGAAGUAUAUUGUUCCUAAGGCUGCAAUAUUCCAUGCUGAAGAUGUGAAUGAUGGAGAUAGCGCCAUGCUUAACAACAUGAGAGUCUAUGGCACCAUCUUCCUGAGCUGCAUGGCUCUGGUUGUCUUUGUUGGUGUAAAAUAUGUUAAUAAGUUUGCAUCUCUCUUCUUGGCUUGUGUAAUUGUAUCAAUACUUUCAAUAUAUGCUGGAGCAAUCAAAUCUAUUUUUGAUCCACCAGAGUUUCCGAUAUGCAUGCUGGGGAACAGAACCUUGUCUAGAGACCUUUUUGAUGUCUGCGCAAGGACAGUUGUGCAAGAUAAUGUUACAAUUGGUAGCAGACUGUGGGAGAAUUUCUGUGGCUCUACAAACUUGACUGCUGACACUUGUGACGACUAUUUUAUUCAUAACAACAUAACAGAAAUACAAGGCAUCCCUGGACUAGCAAGUAGCAUUAUACGUGAAAACAUGUGGAGCUCUUACCUGGAAAAAGGAGCGAUUCUGGAGAAGGCCAGCAUUUCAUCAGUGGAUAUUCAUGGAUCAAUGAGCAGUUUUUACCUGUAUGUGUCUGCUGACAUCACUACCACUUUCACUGUGCUGCUUGGCAUCUUCUUCCCUUCAGUUACUGGUAUAAUGGCCGGUUCCAACAGAUCAGGAGAUCUCAGAGAUGCACAGAAAUCCAUUCCGGUUGGAACUAUUCUUGCAAUUGCUACAACUUCAUUAGUUUAUCUCAGCUCUGUGGUGCUGUUUGGUGCUUGCAUUGAGGGUGUCGUUCUCCGAGACAAGUAUGGUGAUGCUGUGAGAAAGAAUUUAGUUGUUGGCACACUGUCCUGGCCUUCUCCCUGGGUUAUUGUAAUAGGUUCAUUCUUCUCUACUUGUGGAGCAGGCUUGCAAAGUCUUACUGGUGCCCCCCGUCUCUUGCAAGCGAUUGCUAAAGACAAUAUCAUUCCUUUUCUAAGGGUUUUUGGCUUGGGAAAGUCUAAUGGUGAACCAACAUGGGCUCUGUUGCUAACUGCAGUCAUUGCAGAACUUGGAAUUCUUAUAGCAUCACUUGAUAUGGUGGCCCCAAUUCUGUCUAUGUUUUUUUUGAUGUGUUACCUUUUCGUUAAUCUGGCCUGUGCUGUACAGACUUUACUCCGAACACCUAAUUGGAGACCAAGAUUUAAGUACUAUCACUGGGCAUUAUCUUUCUUAGGAAUGAGUAUGUGUCUGGCCCUGAUGUUCAUAUCCUCCUGGUACUAUGCCAUUGUGGCCAUGGGUAUUGCAGGCAUGAUCUACAAGUACAUCGAGUAUCAGGGAGCUGAAAAAGAGUGGGGUGAUGGGAUUCGUGGCCUAUCUCUGAGUGCUGCACGGUAUGCUCUGCUGAGACUGGAAGCUGGUCCACCGCAUACAAAAAAUUGGAGACCACAGCUUCUAGUGCUGUUAAAGCUGGAUGAAGAUCUUCAUGUGAAAUAUCCUCGUCUUUUGACGUUUGCAUCACAGCUGAAGGCUGGUAAGGGCCUAACAAUUGUGGGGUCAGUGAUUCAAGGAAAUUUCUUGGAGAAUAUGGCAGAGUCUCAGGCCUCAGAACAGGCCAUUAAGAAUAUGAUGGAAAUUGAAAAAGUGAAAGGCUUUUGCCAAGUGAUUGUUGCAAAUAAGGUCCGAGAAGGAAUUGCUCACUUAAUUCAGUCAUGUGGACUGGGAGGCAUGAAGCACAACACUGUAGUACUAGGGUGGCCUUAUGGAUGGCGACAAAGUGAGGAUCCCAGAGCCUGGAAAACCUUCAUUAAUACUGUCCGCUGUACAACUGCUGCUCAGUUGGCAUUGAUGGUACCAAAGAAUGUUUCCUUCUACCCUGGCAAUCAUGAGCGUUUCACAGAAGGGCACAUUGAUGUGUGGUGGAUUGUGCAUGAUGGUGGCAUGCUAAUGCUCCUUCCUUUUCUUCUUAAGCAACACAAGGUUUGGAGAAAAUGCAAGAUGAGGAUUUUUACAGUUGCUCAGAUGGAUGACAAUAGUAUCCAAAUGAAGAAGGAUCUAGCUACCUUCCUAUAUCAGUUAAGAAUAGAAGCUGAAGUGGAAGUUGUUGAAAUGCAUGACAGUGACAUUUCUGCCUAUACAUAUGAAAGGACCCUAAUGAUGGAACAAAGAUCCCAGAUGUUAAAGCAAAUGCGACUGUCCAGUGCUGAAAGAGGUCGGGAGGCUCAGCUAAUUAAGGACAGACAUUCUAUCAUCCGCAUGGGAAGCCUGUAUUCCGAUGAGGAGGAAGAGAUAAUAGAUACAGUACCUGAAAAAAUUCAAAUGACUUGGACCAAAGACAAAUAUGAAGCAGAGAGAAGAAACAGAAAAAAUGCUCCAGAUAAUUUUCGGGAACUGAUCAGUAUUAAACCAGAAUGGGAGAGUCUAAACCAAUCUAAUGUGCGGAGAAUGCACACAGCUGUUAAGCUCAAUGAAGUGAUUGUAAAUAGAUCCCAUGAUGCUAAAUUGGUAUUGCUUAACAUGCCUGGACCUCCAAAGAAUUCUGAGGGAGACGAAAACUACAUGGAAUUCCUGGAGGUUCUAACAGAGGGUCUUGAGCGAGUGCUGCUUGUUCGAGGUGGAGGCAGAGAAGUCAUCACAAUCUACUCCUAGAAGAGCAAAAGUAUGCUUUAUAGAGACUCAUGAUGGAUGAUGGGCUUGGAAGUGCAACUUGUUAAAUUUAAAGACAUUCCUAAAGAAGACCGUUUGCUAAACAAAGCACAUAAACAUUGUCACCCAAGCUUACAGAAAGCACAUAAACGUUGUCGCCCAAGCUUAAUAUUCUCAUAAUUAAAACUGAAAACAUAUCAUGGGAGGAGAAAGACUUUAUUUGAUUUACUAAAAACAAAGUUCUUGCAAUAAUGGGGAAGCCUAUUUAUUUUCAAAGAAAUGCAGGACACCUUGAACUCUUCCAUUGUGUAAUUCAAUGCACGCAUGUUCAUCAGACAGCAUCUGUUCUGAUCCAGUAUAAUUUUCUACGUAUCUUUAUUGAGUCUGUAGUAGUAAUGAAGGAUCUCACAAAUAGCAGCACAAGUACUAAAGUGAAAGGAAAUCAGAGGCCCAAUAUAUGGAACUCCUAAGCAGACUGGACAGUUUUAUUAAAAAAAUAAAAUAAA